AGAGUGUGCGCUGGUCAAAGUGUUCCCUCUUCGUUUCCAAAGCUAUGAACGCUUUUGUGUGAACGGUAAUUUAAAUCGUCAACAUUUUGUUCUGGUUAUUUAAUGCUGUGUUUGUUCAAAUGCGUCUUGGAUGAAAUUGAAAUGUUUUCACGUUGUUGUUGUCGAGCUAACUUAGCUGCAAGUGGUUGAACACCGAUCGUCAGCCAGGUUUGUGUUGUGAUAACGUCUGAAGCGUGAUGUCAACAAACCGACCACACUGACCGUCGCUUAGGCAAGAAGUUGUAAAGCACGUCCCCUGGAAUUGCACUAUUUGUCUCAUAGUGUUGGAAAAUGAAUGCAAUCCCACGUUUGCUUGCGAGCCAGUUGGAUAUAAAAGAAGAAGAUGGACAUAUCACUGAAGAGUGCAUGUUGGGAAACUGCAGGGUCAGUCUGUCUGAAGACCUUCUUGAAGAUCCUGAAAUCUUCUUCUCAGUGAUGAGUCAAAGCACCUGGACUGAAGUCCUUACAGAGUCCCAACGGCAGCAUCUAAGACAAUUUUUGCCACAAUUUCCUGAAAACAAUACUGCAGAGCAGGACCACACCAUCAAUGAUCUGUUCAACAAUGGGAAUUUUAACUUCGGAAACCCUCUUCACUUAGCCCAGAGGCUAUUCAGGGAUGGGUAUUUCAAUCCUGAGGUGGUCAAAUACAGACAACUGUGUGCCAAAUCCCAGCGAAGGAGACAGCUAUACUCACUCCAGCAGUACUACCACCGACUGUUGAAACAAAUCCUUGUCUCCAGAAAGGAUUUGCUGGAGUUUGCUGCUCACAAUGGUUUGGGUUUUCCUCCAAAACGUAAAUCACCAACAAAAACUCGAGCAGAAAAGUUGGAACCCAAAGCCAGAAGAAGAGUAAACCGCAUUUUGAGGGAAGUUAAAACAGAGUGUGGCGACAGCAGCCCAUCGUCUGAUGAUGAAGACUUAUCCUCGUGGACUUCAAGACCACAAUCCCCGUCCUCUCCAUCACCCACUGUCUCACUUAAAGUUUUACCCACCCUCUCAACUCAGGACAUGAAGACAACAGAAAAAAUUGAACUUGGAGAGCAGGACUUGAAAAUCAUGCUGCAAAACCACUGUGAGAAGCGGAAGAGGCAACCAGACCAUCCGGAUUUGGUGACAUCGGACAUUCAACUUGGAGACAUACUUUCGAGAGCAAAUAUUAGCAGAAAAGGAACUUUACCGCUUUUCGAUUUGUCCAUACCUAAGAAGAAAAUCAAAGAGGAGAGAAGGAAAAAGAAGAUGAGGCUGAUAAAAGUGGAAGCUGAAGAAUCUGGGGAAACUCUUGUACCAUCAGACAGUGCAACAGCUUUGCCUGCAAAUAUUAUCAACUCAUUGCCUGACACACCUGCACCACUGCACAACAUUAAGGAAGAAGUGGUGGAUGAGCCGCAAAGCAGUCCAAUUAUAAUGGAAGAAAUUUCUGUUAGUUUCUUUAACCUGCUGGAGAUGAUCUUGAGAGCUGAAAAUCUUGCCAGCACUUCAGUGCUGGAGGAUAAAGUUCAAAUGUGGCAGGCCUGUCCUGCGAGUUCCCUCAAUGUGUGGUUUUCCUCUUCCCCCUGUUGGUCAGAGCUGGUACUUCAAGCUCUGCAGUUCCUGGCAGGAGAGACAAAAGAUGGCAUGAUGGCUUUACCGAGUGGCUUUACUCCAUUUGUGGAAUUUUGUGAGGAGUCUCAGCAGUGGCGAUGGAUUGGUCCCACUCAUGAUACGGAAAAGGAUCUCAGCGCCCUUUGUCAGCUGUGGCUUGACUCAAAGGAUUUGGUUGUUAAGACUGAAAGCGAAGAGCUCCCGGAGAUGACGCCGCCCACACCAAGAGUGUCCACUGAUUAUGUGGUGAGGCCCAGCACCGGCGAUGAGAGACAAGUGUUUCAAAUACAGGAACAGCAACGAUACAACCAGCCCCAUAAAGCCUUCACCUUCCGAAUGCAUGGCUUCGAGUCUGUGGUGGGACCCGUGAAGGGUGUGUUUGAUAAAGAGAUGUCUCUGAACAAAGCCAGGGAACACACUUUGCUCCGAUCAGACCGGCCCCCAUACGUAACCAUUCUCUCUCUGGUGCGCGAUGCCGCUGCUAGAUUACCCAAUGGAGAAGGCACCAGAGCGGAGAUCUGUGAGCUGCUAAAAGAUUCACAGUUUCUGGCUCCAGACGUCACAAGCGCACAGGUAAACACGGUUGUCAGUGGAGCUUUAGACCGUCUGCACUACGAGAAAGACCCUUGUGUGAAGUAUGAUAUCGGACGCAAAUUAUGGAUUUAUCUGCACCGCAGCCGCAGCCAAGAGGAGUUCGAGAGGAUCCACCAGGCUCAAGCUGCUGCUGCAAAAGCAAGAAAGGCUCUUCAACAGAAGCCAAAACCAGCAUCCAAGCCUAAGUCUGGAAGCAAAGAGGGAGGGAACAAAACAUCUGGAUGUCAAGAGAUGGGACAGGAUAUCUGCUCCAAUCCCAUGUCUCCGACUCCUUCAACACCAACCCAAAACGCACCAGGAACCCCAAAGUCACCUCUGCCCAUUGCAACCACAACACCAACAAAGUCUGUGGUUCCAGAUUCCGUCAAAUCCAGUACAGGGGUGCUUCUCGUUUCCCCGCCUUCUUUGCCUCAGCUGGGAACCAUAUUACCCACGAGUCAAUCUGCGCCGACGGCCUCACAGCCGGUCACUUCGCAGCAUGCAGCCCGGCUAGUCAGUCACUUGGCGGCAAGCUCGCUCCCUCAGGUGCGAGUUGUUUCUGCUCAGCCAGGUCUUGUUUCGUCCGCUGGUCAGCAGGCUGCUCUACUGCAUCAGAACCCUCACCAGAUCCGGAUGCCGGUGUCAAUGGCCACUAAAGGAAUCUCACAGGCAGUGGUGUCUGUACCAUUGAGGAGCCAGUCUAAUAAUAGCCCGGUACAAGUUGCCACCAGCCUGUCAGUUUCGGCAAUUCCAGUGGCCAAACCUCAGACCGGGUCACCGGGUAGCUUGGCUGCGAACUCUGCUGCUCAGGCUGUGCUGCAGGGCGUGGCCAACCAAAACAUUAAACAGGUUUCAAUCACUGGUCCACUUGGAAUGAAGACCCCCGGAGCAGCUGGGAUUCCCAUAACUGCCACAAACCUUCGUAUUCAGGGGAAGGACAUCCUUCGCCUGCCUCCAUCUUCUAUCACGACCGACGCCAAAGGUCAGACGGUUCUGCGCAUCACCCCGGACAUGAUGGCGACGCUCACUAAAUCUCCAGUGGCAACGGUCAAACUCACCCCAGACUUCCUGGGUUCGGCCGCGGCGGGCGGCAGCAAGAGCAUAUCAGCCACCCUUCAUGUGACACCGUCACAUCCGUCAACAUCUUCCAUAGCUACCGUCACAACUUGCCAAGCCGAAGCGUCUACAUCUAAAGCCGCGCCGAUCGGCUCCACCUUGCUGAAGACCGCCGGAGACACGGCCAUACGUCUGAUGCCCACACUGGCGGUGUCAGUCGCCGACCAGAAGUCGAGGACUUUCUCAAACGUGACGGCGUCCGACAAAAGCGGAGCUACUAUUCGUAUUAUGCCGGGUCUCGGCGUUAUCCCGCAGAAGCAAGGUCAGACCAUCACAAUGAGUCCAGGGAGCAAACCCCCCAUCGUGACCUCAUGCGCGAAUGUGAUGACCAUGGCUGCCAGUGUUGUAGCAGGAGCUAAAGGGAUCACGGUGGCGUCCGGAGCUUCAGGAUCGCCACUGACUUUAGGAACAGCUACAGCCACCGUGAGACAAGUGCCGGCCUCAGUGGUCACCACGCAAGCAGGGAAGUUACCUGCUCGCAUUACAGUUCCCCUUUCGGUCCUCAACCAGCCGCUGAAGAACAAAAGUGUUGUGACGACCCCCAUUGUUAAAGGGAGCCUCAACACCAACAUCAGCAGCCUGGGGAGAAACAUUAUCUUGACCACGAUGCCCGCAGGCACAAAGCUAAUUGCAGGGAACAAGCCGGUUAGUUUUGUAACUGCGCAACAGUUCCAGCAGCUACAACAGCAAGGACAGGCCACACAGGUCCGCAUCCAGACCGUCCCAGCCCAGCAGCUGCAGCAGCACAUAGCCACGGGCUCCCCAAAAUCUGUCUCCACAGUAGUAGUCACCUCACCAAAAUGCCCACCGGACCCCCCCCCACCACCUCAACAAUGAUCCUGAAUCAUUGGAACGUAGUUUUUUUUCUGUUUGAAUAUCAGUGUUUAACAUUAAAUUAAAACUCCAGUUUGUGUUCUAAAUAUGAUUUAAGACUACCCACAGUUGUUUGUAACAUUUCUGCCUUUUAUGAUCCAGAUGGAGUGGAAUUUAAUCUUCUCAUGGCAAAAGAUUAAAAUACUGCCUCAACUCACUCGAGACUGUUUUCAUGCACCGGCACAUUCAUGAUUUCAAAGAGAUCAUCAGAUUUUAUUUGGAAAUAUUUCAACAAUGUUUAGACAUGAUGAGAAAUGAUAUUGAAUGAAGGUGGAAUCACAGUGCAUGAUAUUUAUCUGUCAAUGAUCACUUCACUUUUUUUUUUUUUUUUAUAAAAUACAUUAUGUACAAAUUCUAUGUGAUGCAGAACAAAAUCUGCAGCAGAAACGUCACUCCUCUUCAGAUGCUUCAAGCAGAGCCUUCCGUGAGUCUGAU